AGUUGGGAGAGCAGCAACUGGGGGCGCGCGCGCCGCCGAGGACCGAAAUUCAUUACGUAAUAAUGGAUGCACUGAUUCGAAGUCGAUUAAUGAGAUUUAAGGAACGUAUUUCGCGUCAGUCGUCCUCAUAUGAGGGGGAAUGGUGCUCAUUGCUGGCUCACCAAUGUCCAUAAAGAUAAGAGAAAUGUGGACAGAACAAUGGACAGAGUUUCCAUAAAUAACUCCUGGAUCAGAAGGUGAGAGGGACAGAGAAAAACAGGAUUGGUUCGGGAACACAUGUGGGCUUUAGUACCGUCCGUCUGCCUGCAACCUUUUGGUAUUCCACCCUGUCCACAGCAGGCCUUUUAAGUCCACAAGCCUGUCUAUUAUAACCAGUUAGCUGUGGAGGAGAAGGUCAUGUGACGCUGCAUCCUUCACGUGAAGGUUAUAAAGUAAAGUGAUGCUGUGAAGCAAAUGUAUUGGGUCCGUCCUCUCAUCCGAACUAGCAAAUCUGACGCACAUCUGUUGGAGACCCAGUGACCAGAACAGACAAGCGUGUCACAAUGUCUCGGUUCUUAGACAUCAAGGAGCUGGGAGAAGCCGCUCGCUUUCUCCGCCUCACCAACCUGGAGCAGUUAGCAGCCUUGGCCAAUGCUUUCGAUGGCACGAAGCGUGUGUGGAUGCCUGAUAAUGUUGAAGCUUAUGUUGAGGUGGAAGUUCGAGAACGGAAUGGAGACAAGACCACCGUGGAGACCAAAGACGGGAGGUUUGUCAUAGUGAAAGAAAAUGAUCUGCAGCCGAUGAACCCAGCCAGGUUUGACAUGAUGGAGGAUCUCUCGACUUUGACCCACCUGAACGAAGCCUCGGUUCUCUUCAACCUGAAACGGAGAUAUAGCAUGUGGAUGAUUUACACUUAUUCUGGUCUGUUCUGCGUGACAAUCAAUCCUUACAAGUGGCUGCCAGUGUAUUCAACUCAAGUUAUCACGGCGUAUAAGGGGAGGCGUCGCAGAGAAACUCCGCCUCACAUCUACUCAGUGGCUGACAAUGCCUUCACCGACUUGCUGCAAAAUCGUGAGAACCAGUCAAUGCUGAUUACUGGUGAGUCUGGUGCGGGGAAAACAGUAAACACCAAAAGGGUGAUUCAGUACUUUGCUAUCACUGCUGCUCUUGGAGAAAAUUUGAAAAAAGGAGCAAAUUUGGAAGACCAGAUCAUUGAAGCUAAUCCUGCCAUGGAAGCGUUUGGAAAUGCCAAAACUAUUCGCAAUGACAACUCCUCUCGUUUUGGGAAAUUUAUCCGAAUUCAUUUUGGACCGACUGGGAAACUGGCGUCUGCUGACAUUGACAUUUAUCUGCUUGAGAAGUCCAGGGUUGUAUUCCAGCAGCCCGGUGAGAGAAGCUAUCAUAUCUAUUACCAGAUUCUUUCCAAUCAAAAGCCAGAACUUCAAGACAUGCUGCUGGUGACCAAAAAUCCCUACGACUACCACUUCUGCUCCCAGGGUGAUACUAAAGUGGAGGGCAUCAAUGAUGGAGAAGAGUUAAUGCUCACUGAUCACGCCAUGGACACUCUCGGCUUCACUGCAGAAGAGAAGUACGGCUGCUACAAGAUUGUUGGCGCCAUCAUGCACUUUGGUAACAUGAAAUUCAAGUCAAAACAGAGAGAGGAGCAGGCUGAAGCUGACGGCACUGAGAGUGUGGAUAAAGCAGCGUACCUCAUGGGCAUCAGCUCUGCUGACUUAAUAAAAGGCCUGCUGAAUCCCCGAGUCAAAGUUGGAAAUGAGUUCAUCGUAAAGGGACAGAAUGUGGAACAGGUGUACUUUGCUGCUGCGGCACUUGCAAAAGCAACAUACGACCGAAUGUUCAAGUGGCUGGUCGGCCGCAUCAACUUGUCCUUAUCAACCUCUUUGACUCGCCAGUUCUUCAUCGGCGUCCUCGACAUCGCUGGAUUUGAGAUUUUUGAGUUCAACAACUUUGAGCAGCUGUGCAUAAACUUCACCAACGAGAAGCUGCAGCAGUAUUUCAACCACCACAUGUUCAUCCGGGAACAGGAGGAGUAUACGCUGGAGGGGAUCGAGUGGACUUUCAUUGAUUUUGGCUUGGAUUUGCAGGCCUGCAUUGACCUUAUUGAGAAGCCCUUAGGUAUCCUGUCCAUCAUGGAGGAGGAGUGCAUGUUCCCCAAGGCCACGGAUCUCAGCUUUAAAACCAAACUGUAUGACAACCACCUUGGAAAAUCACCAAACUUCCAGCGUCCUCGCUUGGACAAGAAACGCAAAUAUGAGACUCACUUUGAGGUCGUUCACUACGCCGGUGUGGUGCCUUACAACAUCACUGGCUGGCUGGACAAAAAUCGAGAUCCCCUGAAUGAGACUGUCGUUGUUUUGUUCCAAAAGUCUUCAAACAAGAUGAUGGCUGCUCUGUUUGAGAGCUACGUUUGUGCUGAGACAGUUAAUGAUCCGAAGCAAGAAAUCAAGCGCAGGAGGAGGAAGGCUGCUUCAUUCCAGACAGUUUCACAGCUGCACAAGGAGAAUCUAAACAAACUGAUGGCCAACCUCAGAAGCACAAGUCCUCAUUUCGUCCGCUGCAUCAUUCCCAAUGAAAACAAAUCGCCAGGAGUCAUUGACCCCUUCCUGGUCCUUCAUCAGCUGAGGUGCAAUGGAGUCCUGGAGGGAAUCCGAAUUUGCAGGAAAGGCUUCCCAAACAGAAUCUUGUAUGCCGAGUUUAAACAGCGGUACCGAAUCCUAAAUCCCUCAGCAAUCCCUGAGGAUUCAUAUGUGGACAGUAGGAAGGCAGUGGAGAAGUUGCUGGGCUCCCUCGACAUCGACCACAGCCAGUACAAGUUUGGACACACUAAGGUGUUUUUCAAGGCCGGCCUGUUAGGUCAGUUAGAAGACAUGCGAGACUACCGGCUGUCCCAGAUCCUGACCAUUGUCCAGGCAAUGUGCAGAGGGAAGCUGAUGAGGGAAGAGCGAGAAAGGAUGAUGGCACAAUGGUACGCCGUCUCAGUGAUCCAGUUCAAUCUAAGAGCAUUCUACACAGUCCGAACCUGGCCCUGGAUGAUGCUGUUUUAUAAGCUCCGCCCAAUGCUACGAAGCGCUCAGGUGGAAAAGGAGCUUGCUGUCCUGAAUGCAAACUUGACAAAAUUAAAAGAAGCAUAUGGCAGAUCUGAGUUGAAACGGAAUGAAGUCGAGCAACGACAGGUGGUUCUGGUUCAGGAGAAGAACGACUUGCAACUGCUACUCCAGGCUGAGCAAGACAACCUUGCCGAUGCUGAGGAGCGCUGCAGCCAGCUAAUCCAGUGCAAAAUCUCCAUGGAGUCCAAGCUCAAGGAGGUGCAUGAGCGGCUGGAGGACGAAGAGGAGGUCAGCUCUAAGCUGAUGGUCAAGAAGCGCCAGCUGGACGAAGAGGUGAUUUCACUGAAGAGAGACGUGGACGACCUGGAGAUGACCUUGGCUAAAGUGGAGAAGGAAAGACAUGGGGUGGAGAAUAAGGUGAAGAAUCUGUCCCAGGAAAUGUGUGUUCUGGAUGAAUCCAUUUCCUCUCUGACAAGAGAAAAAGGCGCCUUGCAGGAUGCUCACCAGCAGGCGCUACAUGACCUUCAGACUCAGGAGGACAAAGUCGCUAUGUUGGCCAAGGCCAAAACUCGACUGGAGCAGCAGGUGGACAAUGUGGAGAGUUCUUUGGAGCAGGAGAAGAAAGUGCGUAUUGACCUGGAACGAGCCAAAAGAAAGCUGGAGGGCGAUCUCAAGCUGUCCAACGACUCAGUGAGGGACCUGGAGGGUCAGAAGGAAGAGAUGGAGGAGAGACUGUCUAAAAAAGAUGUAGAGGUGGGCCAGCUGCAGGCGAAACUGGAGGAUGAGCAAGCUUUGGUGGCUCAGCUCCAGAAGAAGAUCAAAGAACUCCAGACUCGUAUCGAAGAGUUGGAGGAGGCGUUUGAGGCUGAGCGGGCCUGGCGCACAAAGGCGGAGCGCCAAAGGAACGACAUCGCUCGAGAGCUGGAGGAGCUGGGCGAGAAGCUGGAGGAGGCUGGAGGAGCCUCUGCGGCUCAGAUUGCGCUCAAUAGGAAGCGGGAGGCUGAGUUUCUGAAGAUGCGUCGCGAGCUGGAGGAGACCAGUCUUCAUCAUGAGACGACAGCUGCUACACUGAGGAAGAAGCACGCGGACAUGGUGGCAGAGCUCUCGGAGCAGAUUGAUGCCCUGCAGCGACAAAAGCAGAAGCUGGAGAAGGAGAAGGCAGAGUACAGGGUGGAAGCCGAAGAUCUGUCCAGCAAUGUGGAGCAGCUUUCCAGGGCCAAGACUGCUGUGGAGAAGAUGUGCAGGGUUUAUGAGGACCAGCUGAACGAGAGCCGGAACAGGAUGGAUGAACUCCAAAGACAACUCACUGAAGUGUCUGCCCAGAAGGCACGAGCUCUGACGGAGACAGCUGAGUACAGUCGUCGUUUGGAAGAGCGAGAGGUUCUGAGUAACCAACUUCAGCGCUCUAAGGCUGGACUUUGUCAGAACGUGGAGGAUCUGAAGAGACAAAUGGAAGAACAGAGCAAAGCUCGUGUGGCGCUCGCUCAUGCUGUUCAGGCUUCCCGUCAUGAGUGCAGUCUGCUCAGAGAGCAGCUGGAGGAGGAGCAGGAGGCCAAGGCCGAGCUUCAGAGGGCUCUGUCUCUCGCCAACAGCCAGACUGCUCAGUGGAGGGCCAAGUACGAGACCGACGCCGUGCUUCGGAUUGAGGAACUUGAAGACGUGAAGAAGAAGUUAGUGGUUAAACUCCAGACGGCUGAGGAGGCAGCAGAAGUCUCUCAGGUGAAGAUAGGUUCUCUGGAGAAAACUAAACAGCGCAUGCAGACAGAGAUAGAAGACCUGGUGGUGGAAGUGGAGCGUUCGAAUGCAGCUAUCCUGGCUCUCGAGAAGAAGACACGCAACUUUGACAAGCUGAUGAUGGAGUGGAAGGAAAAGUACGAGGGCAGCCAGUCGGACCUCGAAGCUUCUCAGAAAGAGUCUCGCAAUCUGAGCACUGAACUCUUCAAGCUGAAGAAUAGCUAUGAAGAAGCCCUGGACCAUCUGGAGACUGUCAAACGAGAGAACAAGAACCUCCAAGAGGAGAUUGUUGACUUGACUGAGCAGAUAAGUCAUGAGGGAAAGACCAUCCAUGAGCUGGAGAGAGAAAAGAAACUUCUGGAUGUGGAGAAGAGUGAUAUUAAAGCAGCCCUGGAGGAGGCUGAGGGCACCCUGGAGCAUGAGGAGAGCAAAACCAUGAGGUUUCAGAUGGAGCUGCAGCAGAUGAGGGCAGAAAUGGAGCGCAAGAUUGCUGAGAAAGACGAAGAGCUGGACAAUUUAAGGCGGAGCCACCAGCGCACCCUGGAGACCAUGCAGGCCAGCCUGGAGGCAGAAAUCAGGAGUCGCAGUGAGGCCGUCCGCCUGAGGAAGAAGAUGGAGUCGGACUUGAAUGAGAUGGAGGUUCAGCUGGGCCAAGCCAACCGAGAGGCAUCUGAGAGCCAGAGGAUUUCCAGGCACCUGCAGACACAGGUGAAAGAGCAGCAGGUGGAGCUGGAAGAUAAAAUCCAGUUGGCCAACCAGCUGAAAGAGCAAGUGGCCCUGGUCGAGCGACGCUGCACCCUGAUGGCGGCCGAGGAGCAAGAGCUCCGCGGCGUUCUGGAACAGACCGACCGCUCCCGCAAGAUGGCUGAGCACGAGCUGGUGGAGGUGGCAGAGAGAGCGAACCUCCUCAACGUUCAGAACACUGGGCUGCUGAACCAGAAGAGGAAGCUGGAGACCGACCUGUCGGUGCUGAGCAGUGAAGUGGACGAAGUGAUGCUGGAGAGUCGCAGCGUGGAGGAGAAAGCCAAGAAGGCCUUCAGUGACGCGGCAGGCAUGGCCGAGGAGCUGAAGAAGGAGCAGGACAGCUGCAGCAUGCUGGAGAGGAUGAAGAAGAACAUGGAGUCCACAGUGAAAGAACUGCAGGUGAAGCUGGAUGAGGCAGAGCAAAUGGCUCUGAAGGGAGGGAAGAAACAACUUCACAAACUGGAGACCAGAGUGAGGGAUCUGCAGACAGAGCUGCUGGUGGAGCAGAAGAAGAGCGAAGAGUAUAACAAAGGCGUCCGUCGCUACGAGAGGAAGGUCAAGGAGCUGACGUACCAGUCAGAGGAGGACAGGAAGACUCUGCUGAGGAUGCAGGAGCUCAUCAGCAAACUCCAGUCCAAAGUCAAAGGCUACAAGAGACAAGCCGAAAACGCUGAGGAGCAGGUGAGCUGCAGCACUGUGCGCUUCAGGAAGCUUCAGCACGAGCUGGAUGAUGCGGAGGAACGCGCGGACAUCGCAGAGACGACCGUGAACAAGCUGCGGAUCCGGACACGCGAACAGUCGACCAAGGUGAUUGAGUGAAGAGCCUCCAGUUAAGUGUGGAGUGAGUUGCUGUGAGUUUGUGUCAAGGUUUGUCAACUGCGCUGCGGUGACACUGAAGGCCUGAAGGAUCUUAGACAGAACAGUGAUGUUCAGUGUGCUGUGUUACCGUGGAAACAUGACCGCCAUCACCACUUUAAAUCUUAAAGAGGUAACAUGUUGUUGUCAGUGUGUGUUUGUGAGGCCCCACAGAGUCUUUCCACUGCCCGAGGUUAGCCUCGCUGAGACAAAUAAAAAUGGUGGCUGCUGGUUUCUCCUUUCUUUUUUCAGACGUCAGUUUUCUGGUGCUGAAAAGAUCUGCUCCCAGAGACCAAGUGGGUCAAUGAGGACCUCACACAGACGAACAAUUCUCCCUCUAACUGGAGGAGAUGAUGAGAGUCAAGUGAAGUGAAGACCAAGACAAAGGUAGUUCACCAGGGAUUUGAACCUGUGUCAGAAGAGGUUGCCCCACAGUUUAAAAAGGAAGAACCCGUGCUCUACCCACUUGACCAUGCAGGCCAGAGGUCAUCGGUCAGAUCGGCGUGUAUCUAGUGCUCAUCUGCGAGUGGUGACGUCAGCUGACGUCUACCAAUCCAAAAGUUAUGAAAAAGUUGGACGGUUCAUGAUUCUGCUACACAUCUUGUCGAGCAAGAGUCAAGCCGAAGUGAAGACCAAGUGGGACUUGAACCCAUGUGUCGCAGGAGAAGUGGGCUCAGUAAAAGAAGGUGCUCUAACCACUGGACCACAUCAGUUUCAGGGAUGUGCAUUGACCUCGGUGAACUCAGCUUUCUCUCUUCAGAUGUUGACGCAGAGAGCCACCACAUGUUGGAGGACACUCUCCUCCCUCACACAUGUGUGUCACUUCCACACAUGACCUUUUUAGGAUUUUGAUGUUUCAAUGCACUUGCUACCUAGUGAUGUCAGACAUGCAGAAUUUAUGAUUAUUUAGCAGAUGAGGGAAGAAACUACAUCUUAUAAUGGAGACCAGAGACGGUCUACAGUAAGUGUCCAAUUGACAUUUGAGAACACCGUUCAGUAUUUUUAAAAAAAAGUUCAAAUCAUGACCACUAGAGGGAGACAAACCAAAUAGUGACCGUCGCUGGGUAGCUCGUUUUGCAGUUUCUGCACGUUGCCAUGGGAACUGACGCCAAGUUGGAGUCACUUGAAGUAGAGACACAACACUGAUAUCGUUUUGGCAUCAACACUUUAUUCACAAACUAUCACUGUUUCCACAGGUCAGUGGCGACUGUACACGUUAGAUCAGUAUCACAUGGCAGGAUUACGUCAUCACAACAAGACCAUGGCUACGGUCGGUUCAGUCCUCCAUCAAAGUGCUCAGCAGUUUGUCCUUCAGUGUGUGUGUGUGUGUGUGUGUGUGUGUGUGUUCAGGUCAGAUCAGUUUGCAUGUGCAUCGCGAGAAAACACAUUUACAAAUACAUUCAAACACAGUCAGGAAGGAGAUAGUUGUUGGACACAGAAGCACCGCAGAGAGGAAACAUUCAGGGUUCAGCUCCACUUCAUGUCCUCAGGGGUCAAACACUCGAGGACAAAACAAACACCCCCUCCUCACCUCUCUGACACUUUUGAGAGCGUUUUUAUAACACAAUGAAGCAAAUGAAAGACUUUUUCAUUUUGUAUCGAUAAUAAUACUUUAUAUUCUCAAGAGUAUUUUCACUCAGUCACACUUAUUGCUAGUCAUUAGUUGUUCUUACUUUCGCUGAUACUCACUGGCAUCAUUACCAUCAGUGAUUUACUCCAAUAUUCUGACACAUUUUCUUUGAAAUUUCUCAUUUUUAAAGUUUUAUUUUACCUUUAAAAUGCAGACUCACUGCUCAUAUACAAUAUUUUGGCUCUACAUAAAAUAUUCCGUCUUUAAAUCCUUUUAAAAAUGUCUUAAUCUGAACUGGAACGUAAAAAAAAAUCUAACUAAAACCUUUGCUUUCUUAUAGGUUAUAUUUAUUUAAAUGAAUUAAAUUUCAACUGUCACUUUACUGCAGUUUUCUCACGUUUGUAUUAAUUUUUUUAAUAAAUAUUUU